ACACGUGAAUAUUUAGGUAGUACAAGUCCAUACCUGUAGGUGGCGGAAAUGCACCAAUUCGUUGCUUGCCAACCGCCAGAAUAUCUCAAAGAAGAAGAAGUCCAUUUACUGGAGGACUGACCGUGUGGAGGAGUCUGUAACUCACACCGUCACAAGGUAAAGAUGCAGACACCAGCAGAGUCGAUCCUCCACAGCGGCUAUUUCCACCCAACACUCCGAUUCUGGCAGACCUGCGCUGCUGACCUAAGACCAGACAAUCUUAUCUACCCUAUCUUUGUCACAGACAGUGAAGAUGCAGUGGAGCCCAUUGGCAGCCUGCCUGGACAGGCGAGAUACGGAGUGAACAAACUGGAGGGCAUGUUGAAGCCCCUGGUGGAGAACGGCUUGAAGUGUGUGCUGAUUUUUGGGGUCCCUGCAAAAAUUGAGAAGGAUGACAGAGGUUCAGGUGCUGACAAAGAUGACACGCCGGCUGUCUUGGCCGUAAAAAAGGUGCGAUCUCUGUUCCCUGAGCUGCUGGUGGCGUGCGAUGUGUGCUUAUGUCCCUACACGUCACACGGACAUUGUGGAAUCCUGAGUGACGACGGUACUCUGAACAACGACGCCAGCUGCCUGCGCUUGGCAGAAGUGGCGGUGGCCUAUGCCAGAGCAGGUUGUCACAUCAUCGCUCCCUCUGAUAUGAUGGAUGGAAGAGUCAGAGCCAUAAAACACGCUCUUAUAUCCAACGGAUUUGGAAACAAGGCUUCAGUUCUGAGCUACAGUGCAAAGUUUGCCUCUUGUUAUUAUGGACCUUUCAGAGAUGCUGCACAGUCCAAACCUGCGUUUGGGGACAGACGCUGCUACCAGCUGCCUCCUGGAGCCAGAGGACUUGCCAUUCGAGCUGUGGAGAGAGAUGUGAGAGAAGGAGCUGAUAUGCUGAUGGUGAAACCCGGUCUGCCUUAUCUGGACAUCGUAAGAGAAGUCAAGGACAAGUUCCCCACUCACCCCCUUGCGGUGUACAACGUGUCAGGAGAGUUUGCCAUGAUGUGGCAUGGAGCUCAGGCCGGAGCGUUCGACCUGCGGGCUGCGGUGAUGGAGGCCAUGACCGCCUUCCGCAGGGCAGGUGCUGACAUCAUCAUCACCUACUACACCCCUCAGCUGCUCAGCUGGCUGAAGGAGUAAAGAACAAAUACCUGAAGCCAAAGGAUGGACGGACCUAGAGACAGACCAACAGACGGACUCCUUUAAGAGUGCUAACCUGCUGUUGACUCAGUCAUGCUAACAAACAGCGCUAAGGCAAAUAAAAGGUACGAAUAGAAGAAGCAACCACCUUUUAGUUUAGGCUUUUAUUUGUUCAGUGUUCUGUUCAGUUUUGAGAUUAAAGUUCAUGUUUAUCUGUGAUGUAAUUACAAAACAGUCUUGUAUCCGAGUCAUACUUCGUGUAAACACUUUUGAAGGGCUAACAUGGAGCUGAACACUGAGAAUGUAGACGUUCACAAUCUUGAACCCUGUGUCUCCUGUGUGUCGUUUGGGAACAAAUCAGUCAUCUCUAUAACGCGAU